ACAGGCCUGUGGUAUAGGCUGGCGACCAUUUUUGUGAGAUCGCCGUUUGUCUUACGGGGUAUUUUGUGCGAGGAGUCGAACGGUGUGCCGACAUAAAGGCUACAGCACGUGGCGGAUCACAACGAGAGCCCGAGGCAAAGAUAAGGGACUAACUCCGACUUGGUCGAUCGGAGAGACGUCCGCAAACGCACGUGCGGGUCGCGCGAGAACAUGUCGCCGAUGGUUCGCUCCCACGAGACUAUGCUGUGCGACGAGGAACGUCCGACAGUGGAAUGAUAACUCCCUCCCUCCUUCAGCUCCUUCCCCUUGUUCGGGAGUAAAGAGUGAUCCUCGCGUGUUCCGCCCUCGUAGGAUCCCCACCGUGGAGGAUACAUGCUCGUGUUUUCCCGGUGGCCGGCUGUAAAGUCCCGGCGGCGGUAGACGCCGAGGUAGUUCGCGCGAUCGCUUUACUAUCAUUACUAUGCGGCAGCUCAGAAUCCCUCUCUCUCGUUCCCUCCCCAACGGACGUGCCGCCCCGUGAUAUAUUAUAAUUGACAAUUGACGAAGGAAGAAGCUGUCGUCUCGCUCUUGGACCCCCUCCUCCCUCCUCGGAUCGACCGCGACAAUGGCUGCGACCUUCGAUCAGUAUGACAAGUCGAGCUGGUACUUUGGUGCUAUGUCACGGCAGGACGCAUCUGACUUAUUGAUGGGUGAGAAAGAGGGUGGUGUAUUUUUAGUGCGAGACAGUACCUCGAUACAUGGCGAUUUUGUGCUGUGCGUAAGGGAGGAUAGUAAAGUUAGCCACUAUAUUAUCAAUAAAAUCCAACAAGGAGAUCAAAUUCGUUAUCGGAUUGGAGAUCAGAUGUUUCCAGAUAUUCCCAGUCUUCUCGCCUUUUAUAAACUUCACUACUUAGAUACCACGCCGUUAAUUAGGCCGGCACCAAAGAAAACACAGAGGGUAAUUGCCAAGUAUGAUUUCGAAGGCAAUGAUUCUGAGGACUUACCCUUUAGAAAAGGUGAUAUACUCACUGUAAUAUCAAAAGACGAGGAACAAUGGUGGACAGCUAGAAAUAGUGUCGGUCAAACUGGUUCGAUACCGGUGCCGUACGUUCAGAAGUACGACGACGAUAGUCAUAUGAUAAUAGAAAACAACUCGCGGCCUGAAAGCGGCGGCAGCUCCGGCUCCAACUCGAAUUCAGGGCCUACGUCGCAGGUGCCUCACACAGAGACGACGGGACAGGCGACCGUAACGCGAAGAUCGAACAUUCAGAGAACACUGCCAGCCUUUGCCAAAGUGAAACAGGCGAGGGUGCCGAACGCGUACGAUAAAACUGCGCUAAAAUUAGAAAUAAUGAGACUGGUGAAGACAAUCAGGAGAUUUAACAGGAGAAAAAUUCUCCGAGUGUGUGAUGUGCACCCCACAUGUAUGACACAAAGGGAAGAAAGACGCCUCUUGUAUUAUCAAAAUUUAGAGUUACUAAUAACAUAUAUUAUAUGUGCCAUUUCAAAGAUGUGUGUUUAGCCUGAACAACUGUACUGACUCCCAAAUGUGCUUUAUCUAACAUACUAUUAUUAUUGAGAAUAAACCCCACAUUCUUGUGCAAUAUGUCGUAGGAAAUGUUUAAAGAUUUGUGUAUCUCUGCAGUAUGUUAAUUUAGUCACACAUCUCAUUAUUCAUCAUUUUUAUAUUAUACAUGCUAAUUACCCAAAGCACAAGCAUAAUUUUAUUAAGUUAUUAGAUAUAUAAUACAAAGUACACACAUUAAUCGUAUGUAUUAAUACGAUUUUAUUAAAAGCAUGUUUUUUUCAAAAGUACACACAUUAAUCAUAUGUAUUAAUACGAUUUUAUUUAAUUAAAAGCAUGUUUUGUCUCAGUAAAAUAAUGGACAAAAUGAUUUUUGUAAAAAAAUACAGUAUUUAUUAUAAAAUAUACUCUAAUGGUUAUUAUAAAAUAUA